AUUCAUCACCUCUCGGUUUCUCUUAUGUUAAUUACUGCUCAAGCUAAUGAUACAGGGACAAAUUAAUUUCUGGCAUAACUAAAAAAUACAACAAUAUCCAUCGAGGAGGUAAUCCAUCAACAGCUCAUCUGCGGACUCUGGUUUAAUCAGAUGUGACAGGUGGAGAAGAUAACACUCCUUUACGGCUUCCAAAGCUUUCAAAACAACGCUGCUGUGUUGCACGUCAGAAAGUUAGAUAAAGUUCAAGCAAUAUGGAUCGCCAAAUCGUGUUGAUUUCUGGCUGUUCUAGCGGCAUCGGACUCGCUACAGCUGUAUUUCUCGCCAAAGAUGCUCAGAAACGCUUCAAGGUCUAUGCCACCAUGAGAAAUCUGGAGAAGAAGGGACAACUGGAAGAGGAAGGCAAGGAAUAUCUUGGGGACACACUGGUUAUCAAAGCAAUGGAUGUGAGCAAUGACGAAUCGGUGCAGAAAACUGUUGAGGAAGUGUUGGACACAGAGGGAAGAAUUGAUGUGCUGUGUAAGUACCGGCGGUCCUGUUGUAAGAUUUUAUUUGUUUCAUAUCAGGCGGUGUGGCCUGGUUUCAUAUGCAGUCUGCAAUUAAUAAAGAAACUAAAGGUUGUUCAUAGUGACGUCAUGUAUGGGUGCACCAUACUCGAACCAGGCCCUACCCAGACCCUGGGGCCUGAAAAUGGUACCGCCUUCGUUAAUAAAUUCAGUUUAUCAGACGCUGACCAAAAGAGUCAAGAACUUCUAGGAACCUUUGCAGGGAGAAUGUUCUCUAUGUUCGGAAGCACGAUGCAAACUUCGCACCAAGUGGCGGAAUACGUGAAGAACAUUAUCCUGUGUGAGAAACCACAGCUUCGCUACCAAACAAAUGAAAAGUACAGACCUGAAGAAAUCAAAGUGAAACUUGCCGAUCCUACAGGAAAUACUUUGGUUGAAAUGAUAAAGAGAGACUUUCUUGACACAGAAUAACUUAUGUAUUUAAAAUUGAACAAUUUAGAGAAUUUAGCGUACAAAUACACUAUGAAUUCAAUGACAAGCUGGUUAUCUUGUUACUCGAGUUUUGUUGCAGCAUGUUCGUGACUGUUCUGUUUGCAGAUCUUCUCUUAUAUGAAAGAUCCGUUUACCAAUUAUUUGAUUGUGUUUUCCUUUAUCUCACUACCGUCUUGGACUUAGUUUCCCGCGCGCAACUAAUGUAGUUAGCCAAACACUGAAAGGAUCCCUACAAUGUAUCCUUUAUAAGAAACUUUGAGAGUACUUUUAGCAAAGGACUUAUUUGUCUUUAAGUCUUUUUUCAUCGAUAAGAAAAUAUGAACGUUGCUGUUUUUUUUUUUUUGGGAGAUCGUUUCAUGGCAGUUCUAGGACCUACCUAGGCAUAAUAGAGGUACUUCAGAGGUAUACGAUAAAAGCUGCAUGUUAUAUUCAAAUGUACACAUAUACCAAUGUAUAUCAUACUGAGUGAAUUAAAUAUUUUAUCCUCCUUCCA